AAACAGACAGUCUAAUAUUGACCAGUGUUAUGACCACUGAUUGAAUGUUUGAGUGAACAACAUGGCAUCGGCUCUGAUCUGGAUAGUGUUUGUUCUGAAUGCCGUGUUAGAAGACAUUUGCACACAGGUGUUACCAAAGAUGAGAUACGUCUGUGCAGGGAAAAACCUGAGCUACAUACCAGCCCUUCACCCCAAAACAGAAUAUCUGGAUUUUAGCUUCAACAACCUGGCAUCUUUACACCAGAACCUUUUCCCUAAACUGGUGGAUUUACAGUUCCUUGAUCUUACGAGAUGUAGAAUCCAACAUAUAGCUGGCAAUGCUUUCAACAAUGUGCGGAAUGUAAGGACAUUGGUUCUUACUGGUAACCCCAUUGAACACAUUGGGAAUAAAGAUUUAAACACACUACAUGAACUGCAAAAGCUUGUUCUUGUAGAUACAGGCCUUCUCUCCAUUGAGGACUUGCAUAUCAACUAUCUAAACAAACUGCAAGAGUUAAAUGUGGGGGCUAACCAGCUUCUCUCCAUGCAAAUCCCAUCCUAUCUCAUCAACUUCACAGACUUCAGGAUAUUGGACCUGCAUGCUAACAACAUAACUGUCAUAAGAGCAGAUGACACAGCUGUCUUAAGGCAAAUAGGAAAAAACAUCACAGUUAUACUCAAUAGAAAUCCUAUAAUACAUAUAGAUCCAGGAGCAUUUCAGAACAUCACCCUAAGGAAACUUGACCUCCGUGAGACAUUUAUAUCAACUGAAGUCACUAAAGACUGUCUUAAUGCAUUAUCUGGUCUUAAUGUUGGCAAUAUACUUAUUGGACAUUUUGGAAGGAAACAUAAGAUCCUCACUUUAGAUUUUUACUUUUUACAAGGCCUCUGUGGUAUUAAAUUCCAGGAAAUAUAUUUUCAUAUAGUUGAAAGGACACCCACGGGAAAAAAUAAUUUGCUUCUUUGUAUGAUAAAUGCCACAAAGAUUUCCCUUAUAGAUGGAGAAUUGAAAGACACAGAAUGGGUCCAAUUUAAACAAAUCAAAGAGUUAUAUUUAGCAGGGAGCAGAUUAGAAAACAUACCUAGUCGACAACUUUCAAAUCAGUACACAUUACAGAAACUAACGAUCACAGAAAAUAUACAUCCUGUUGCAUUUUUUGAUUUAAUGAUAAAUAUGCCUCUCCUCCAAUAUAUAGAUAUUAGUAAAAAUCAAUUAUUGCUAAGAGGCUGUUGUCAUACAAUUUUCAAAUUCAUGCCUAAGCUCCAGCACCUCAACAUGAGUCUGAACUCUGAAAUUCAGUUUCUUUACAAGCCAUUCCAAGGAUUAGAUUCCCUUCAGGUGCUAGACUUCCAUCAUACAAAGCUUAAGUCCGUUAAUUUCAACAUGGAGAACCUCAAAGACCUGAUGUAUUUGGACAUGUCCUAUUCACGUAUUAUCUUCACACAUGAGUUUAUAUUCAAAGGUCUUGGGAAUCUGAGAGUUCUCAAGAUACCCGGCAACUAUUUCCAAGGAGACGUAUUCUUGCAUAUGUUUGUGGAUCUUAAACGCCUGGAAAUAUUGGAUAUUUCUUCCUGUGGUAUUGACAGUUUUCUCUGGAAGUCUUUUGGUAACCUCAAAGAGUUACGGCACUUGACUCUAAGUGGAAAUACACUGACAGCUAUAGAUUUUGUGACCAAUCCAGGCCUUGCUGCGCUUUCAUGGAUGGACUUAAGCCAAAACCAAAUUUCUCACAUCGCUGUCCAUGUUCUACAUAAUCUACCCAAAAAUCUGACAACAUUUGAUUUGUCCAACAACCCAAUUGAUUGCUCUUGCUCCCAAUCUGACUUUAUCAUGUGGAUAAUGACCCAUAAAAACAUAAUAAAGAAUCACCACAAUGUGUUGUGCAAAACAUCCUCACCUGAAUCAUCACCAGUGUUUGACUUUGACCUUGAAAGCUGCACAUACAUCUUGAUAUUAAACAUUUUAGGGCCCAUCUCUGUUGUAAUAUUGAUUCUUACAUUGUCCGUCUUGGCCUACAAGUUUCAGUUCUACCUGCGUUAUUGCUGCAUUUUGCAGAGAGGCUACAAGGUGUCCCAGCAGCAGGAAUGUGCUUAUGAUGCCUUUGUAAUCUACUCCAACAAGGACGAGGCCUGGGUGAUGGAGGAACUGGUGGAGAACCUUGAGAAUGGAAUCCCUCCCAUUCAGCUGUGCCUCCAUGUGCGGGACUUUGAAGUGGGCAAGCCCAUCACUUCCAACAUCAUAGAUGAGGGAAUCAUGGGUAGUCGUAAAGUCAUUGUGGUGGUUUCGCAGCACUUCAUCAAUAGUGCGUGGUGUCGUUUUGAGUUUGAGGUGGCUCAGUGCUGGUUGGUCCUGGAGGGCAACCCCAACAUCAUCAUCAUCAUACUGGAGGAUGUGGAGGAGGUGAAGAUCAAAAAAGUGUUUGGGCUCCACAAAUACUUGAAGAAGAACACUUACCUCAAAUGGAAGGACAACCCCAUCAGCAGCAUGAGGUUCUGGGUUCGUCUCAGGAAGGCUGUCCUCUCAAACACUCCAAAAUAGAUUUUUGCAUCACCUUAAGAAUACUAAAGGGUUUAUUUACAGUACCUGUUACAUAUAUUUUUUUAACAGUAUUUCUCCUAAAGAAAUAUCAGACAUUUCCUACUUCAUGUAAAUUUAAUUGUCUAACUGAAUUUCAAAUCUUUAUUUCCUCUUUGGUCACCAUGCCCUUUUUUCAAUUGUAGUUCAAUUUCAGUUCAAUAUAAUUAAAUUUAGAGUAAUUAUUAUUAAUACUUUUUAAAAGAAUGAAGACAUUUGGUAAUUUCACACACAGCUGAAAUAGCAAACAUCUCUGAAUGUAAUCUGAGUGAUUCUUCCCAGCAUAUAAAUAAAAAUGUUAACAUCAAACGUUCCUCUUAAUGGCACCAGACAGCAUGUUUCUGUUCCUCAUCUUCUCCUGAUGAACUCUUGUUGGUGUUCUGUCUCAUCUUAACAACAAAGAAACACAACACAUAGAUAAGGAUGCUCUUUUAUUGGUGUUCUGUCUCAUCUUAACAAUAGAGAUAUGCGAAUC